AUGUCAAAUAAGGAGGUGAAGGCAGCAUUAAAGAGUGCUAGAGACGCAAUACGAAAUAAAGAAUAUAAGGAAGCCUUAAAACAUUGCAAGGCGGUCUUGAAGCAAGAAAAAAAUAACUACAAUGCUUGGGUGUUCAUUGGCCUGGCAGCUGCUGAGUUGGAGCAGCCUGAUCAGGCCAAAGGAGCAUAUAAGAAGGCUAUUGAACUUGAACCAAACCAGUUACUGGCAUGGCAGGGAUUAGCAAAUUUAUAUGAGAAAUCCAGCCAAACAGAUGUCAAAGGAGACUUAGCAGAUGUUUACCAGAAGCUCUUAGAACUCUAUGAAAGUGGUGACAAGCAGAAAUGGUGUGAUGUAUGUAACAAGCUUGUGCAACUGUAUCAUCAAGAAAAGAAAUAUUUAGAGGUGGCUGAAACAUGGGAGAAACUAAUACAAAUGAAACAGGAGGAAGGUGCAGAAAAGGCAGAGCUUCAUCAGCUUUGGAAGAAGAUGAUCCAGUUACUGAAAGACAGUACACAGAACCAGGAUAAUAAGACAAAGCAGUCGCUUUUGACUGCAUUUGAACAUGCGGUAAACUCUGCUGACACUGUUCCCAGUGAAGACCACCAGAAUCUUUACAAGGACUUUAUUCAGUGCUUGUCAAAAUUUCCUCAUGAAACGGCUAGGUUGGAAAUGGCCUGUAAUGAUAUGAUGACUUUGUAUCCUACUGUGAGUUAUCCUUUAGAAGUACUUUGUUUGCAUUUUGUUCAGUCAGGUACCUUGUCGGAAGAGGCCCUGCACUGUUUUUCUAGGCUUUUGGAGAUGGAUGCAAGUAGUGGUCCAGGCAUCAUUGGUUUUGGUGUAAAAUGCCUCCAAGAAAAGAAAUAUAAGGAGGCUGUUAAGAGUCUUAAUGAAGGUUUGCAGAAGACUAGCCAGUGUCCAGCAGCAUGGCAUUAUUUGGCAGAGGCACAGAUGAAAAUUCACAAUCACAGGGAUGCUGUCCUGUCCUGCAAUCAAGCUCUUGAGGCUCUUGGAACUCCUGAGGGUCCUAGUCUUCAGUGGAAGAACUGUAUCCUUCAGUUGAAAGCAGAGGCUUUGAUUAAAAUAGCUGGUGCUGAUGCUGCAGAAGAAGCCAUUAAAGCACUUGAACAGAUUACGGAUGUAAGCAGUGAUCCAGUGGUUUUAGCUAUCAGAGGUCAGGCUUAUCUAAACAAAGGUUUAAUGGAUCAAGCUUCAAAGAUUUCACAAGAGCUUCGGUUGUCCCACCCUGAUCUGGCUGAGUCCCAUGCUCUAGAGGGUUUCAUCCAUUAUUCCCAAAAGAACUAUGAACAGGCAGAAAGAAGUUUUCUAAAUGCUAUUGAAAGAAAGGCUGAAACUGCAGAGUAUCAUCAGUACCUGGGGCUCACAUACUGGUUCAUGAGUGAUGAGACAAGAAAAGACAAAGGAAAAGCACUCACUCAGUUCUUGAAGGCUGCAAAACUGGACAGCUACUUGGGAAGUGUCUUUUGUUAUUUAGGUAACUACUACAGAGAUAUUGCUGGAGACAAAAGUAGAGCUCGUGGUUGCUAUAAAAAGGCUUUUGAACUGGAUGGAACCGAUGAAGAAUCUGGAAGAGCAGCUGUAGACUUAAGCGUGGAACUUGGAGACAUGGACACUGCUCUGUCAAUCCUGAAUGAGGUAACUGAAAAAGCAAGUACAGGUACAGCAAAAUGGGCCUGGCUUCAUCGUGGGCUUUACUAUCUGAGGACUGGUCAACCGUCACAAGCAGUGGCUGAUUUGCAGGCAGCUCUCAGGGCUGAUCCAAAGGAUUCCAACUGCUGGGAGUCUCUAGGGGAGGCUUACUUGAGCAGAGGUAGCUAUUUGACAGCUCUAAAAUCCUUCAGGAAAGCAAAUGAACUGAACCCAGAGCUUGUGUACAGCAUUUACAGAGCUGCAGCGAUUGAGCAGAUUCUAGGCAAAUAUGAAAAUGCUAUAGCUACCUAUCAACAAAUCUUAAAGAAGACAGAAGAUUAUGUGCCUGCACUGAAAGGGCUUGGUGAGUGCUAUCUCAUGCUAGGAAGAUCAGCCCUUGAUAACUAUCUUGAUAGGAAGGCUGUGGAUUACAUAGAGCAAGCUCUUGAUUUUUUUACAAGGGCAACAAAGCACCGUCCUGAUGUAUCUUGCCUCUGGAAACUGCUUGGAGAUACCUGUACUAGCGUGCAUGUUAUUUCACCAACGAAAGUGAACGUUCAAGUUCUAGGAUACCUUCUGGGUAAAAAUGCAGGCAAACAGAUGCUGAAUAAAAGUGAGCUGCUCAGACUGGGAGGAAGGUGUUAUGGCAGAGCUUUAAAAUUGAUGCCUUUGCCUAGCAUAUGGUGUGAUCUUGGAAUAAAUUAUUAUCGACAGGCAGAAGACCUCACAGCAUUGGGCACUGACAUGAAUGAGAUCAGUGAACAGCUAGAGAAGUCUUUACAGUGUCUCAAAAAAGCUGUGAGGCUUGAUAGCAAAAAUCAUCUUUAUUGGAAUGCACUUGGUGUAGUUGCUUCCUGUAGUGCUAUUGGGAAUUAUGCUCUUGCUCAACAUUCGUUCAUCAAAUCUGUUCAAGCUGAGCAAAUCAAUGUUGUUGCCUGGACCAACUUGGGGGUUUUGUAUCUGGCAACUGGAAACAUUGAGCAAGCUCAUGAAGCCUUCAAGGUAGCUCAGUCCCUGGAGCCUUCUUACUUACUGUGUUGGAUUGGGCAGGCUCUUAUUGCAGAGACAGUAGGCAGCUAUGACACCAUGGAUCUCUUCAGGCACACAACUGAACUCAGUAUGCAUACUGAGGGAGCAAAAGGCUAUGCCCACUGGGUAUGUUCAACGCUGCAGGAUAAAAGCAACAGAAACACUGAACUGUAUCUGUACAACAUUGUUCAAAUGAAUGCUAUUCCAGCAGCUCAGGUGGUCUUGAGCAAAUAUACAG